CGGGGCCCUGCCCGGCUCCCCCGCCGCCUGGCACGGAGGGCCGGAUGCUUCCCGCGGCCAGGCUGGCCCCAUGAUGUUAGGGACCGUGAAGAUGGAAGGGCACGAGACCAGCGACUGGAACAGCUACUAUGCGGACCCCCAGGAGGCCUACUCCGGGGUGCCCGUGGGCGGCAUGAACUCCGGCCUGGGCGCCAUGACCUCCAUGAACUCCUACAUGACGAUGGGGCCCAUGACCACGACGGGCAACAUGACUCCGGCCUCGUUCAACAUGGCCUACGGCAACCCGGGGCUGGGGGCCGGGCUGAGCCCCGGGGGAGGGGGCGGUGGGGGCGGCGGGGGGGGCGGCUCCUCGGCCGGGGCCCUGGCAGGCGGGGGGGUGCCCGCGUUGAGCCCCGGGGGGCUGGGGGGGCUGGCGGCUCCCCCAGCCGGCUCCAUGAACGGGCUGGGCCCCUACGCGGCCACCCCCUGCAUGAGCCCCAUGGCCUAUCCGGCCGCCCCGUCGGGGCUGGGCCGCGCCCGGGCCGACGCCAAGCCCUUCAAGCGCAGCUACCCGCACGCCAAGCCGCCCUACUCCUACAUCUCCCUCAUCACCAUGGCCAUCCAGCAGGCGCCCAGCAAGAUGCUGACCCUCAGCGAGAUCUACCAGUGGAUCAUGGACCUGUUCCCCUACUACCGGCAGAACCAGCAGCGCUGGCAGAACUCCAUCCGCCACUCGCUGUCCUUCAACGACUGCUUCGUCAAGGUGGCCCGCUCGCCGGACAAGCCGGGCAAGGGCUCCUACUGGACGCUGCACCCGGACUCGGGCAACAUGUUCGAGAACGGCUGCUACCUGCGGCGCCAGAAGCGGUUCAAGUGCGACAAGCAGGCCGCGGCCGGGCCCGGGCCGGGCAAGGCGGGCCCCGACGGCCGCAAGGACCCCUCGGGGGGCGGCCCCCACCCCGGCGCCGCCUCCCCGCCCGGGCACCGCGGGGGGCCCGGCAAGGCCGCCCCCCUGGAGGGACCCCAGGGGGCCGGGCCCCCCCCCAGCCCCCGGGCCCUGGACCCCAGCGCCGCCAGCGGGGCCGGCCCGGGCCUGAAGCCCCCGGCCUCGACGGCCGCGCCGCCCCUCAACCCGGGCCCCCCCGCCCUGCCGGCGCACGCCCUGGCCCCCCACGAGACCCAGCUGCACCUCAAGGGAGACCCCCACUACUCCUUCAACCACCCCUUCUCCAUCAACAACCUCAUGUCGUCCUCGGAGCAGCAGCACAAGCUGGACUUCAAGGCCUACGAGCAGGCCCUGCAGUACUCGGCCUACGGGGCCGGGCUGGCCGGGAGCCUGCCGCUCACCGCCGGCGCCUCCAUGGCCGGGAGGAGCACCAUCGAGCCCUCUGCCCUGGAGCCCUCCUACUACCAAGGUGUGUAUUCGAGACCGGUCCUCAACACCUCGUAGCUCCCGGCACGGCUGGGAGCCUUCUGGGACGGCCGGGAGCCUUCUGGGACGGCCAGCCUGGCCGCAGGAGAGCAACGCACACAGGCACACACAAACACACACACACACACACACACACACACACGCCCUCCCUUCACGGUUUUGCACAACCUCCCUCCUCGUGCAAAGGACUGUUACUUGGUUAUUGUGUUCCAAACUCUACGUUGUCCACCCAACCACAACAAACCUUCCCGCAAAGUUCAGCGACCCACGAUUGGGUAUAAUAUAUGUGUGUGUGUAUAUAUGUACACAUAUUAUAUGUGUAUAGGCACAGUGUAUGGAGUGUAUAUAGUAUAUACAUACGCACACACGUAUACGUAAAGGCCCUUGCCCUCUUUCUUUCUCUUUCUCCCCCCCCCCCCCCACCCCACACACACUCAAGCAGCGCUCUGGUUUGAGCAGGGUUGCAUUUGAAAAAGAGAGAGAGAGAGAGGUUGUUAAGCUUCUAAAAGAUCUGUUUGUGUUAUUUUCUUCCUCUUUACUGUCCUAAGCCUCCCGCCAGUUUACAGGUAUGUGGCAAUACUCUUAAUGAUUAAAAAAAAAACACAGAUGAAGAAACAAGCAGGCGGUUCUGCCUCUAAAAACCAUUAAAAGGCAAAACUGUGGUGAUGUAGCCGAACUGAUAGAAACCUAGAAGCAGGACUGCUUGUUUUCUCGAGCCAGCCCGACAAAUUGAAAUCGGAUUUGUCUUUAAAAGAGCAGGUGGAAAUGUAUGUAUAGCGAUACUCUUCCACGUGUACCUGCGCAUACAUACAUCAGUACGGCCCACGUAUUUACUAUUCAGUAUAUAAUCAAUAUACGAGGGUAAUAUGGAUAUUACCUUUUGGAGAAUUGCCUGACCAGAAUGUCCCAAACUAAACGACCCCAUUCCUCUUCACCACACUGAAAAGAAAUUUCUGAAAAAUUGCCCGUGUCAAACACUAUGCUUCUCACUUCGCAGAAUGACGUGGCCAUUCACAACGGGUGUACAAAAUAAAUCUCCCUUAUGUACGCAGUUUAUAGAAAUGUGUGUUGUUGGUUUAAAAAAAUUUUUUUCCAGAAAACAUUGGCUAUUAAAACCAACAGAGCAGGAGAGCUAAAGAAUCUCAUUUCGAAAUCUGGUCCCUAAUUCAAAACUCAGAUUUGUUGUGGUCAUUUAAUUAUUGCCAUUGUUCGCUUGUUUCAUCCAGUGUUAAUGCACUUUCCACAGUUUGACAUGGUGUUAGCAUAGCCAGACAGGUUUCCUUAUUAUUCCUGUUCGCUUUCUCAAUGACCUUAAUUUAUUGCAUGGUUUAUACUUUUUUCCUUUACAGCUGAACUUGCUUUAAAUGACGGUUUAAAUGAAAAAAAUUAAAACGUUAAUUUUAUAAAUGUGAUUGUAAUUGAACAUAUUUUGAUUUAAAUAGCUCAAAUGAUAACUGAGAUUUUAAGCCGUGGAGUAUGUUUUUUUGAUCAUUUACAGUUAAGGACUUUAAAUAAAUCAAAUGUUAACAAAUAA